GUACACCUGUGCAAGACUGAAAGGGAGGAGCCGGUACACCUGUGCAAGACUGGAGGGAGGAGCCGGUACACCUGUGCAAGAUUGGAGGGGAGGAGCCGUAACACCUGUGCAAGACUGAAGGGGAGGAGCCAGUACACCUUAGCAAGACUGAAGGGGAGGAGUCAGUACACCUGUGCAAGACUGGAGGGGAGGAGCUGGUACACCUGUGCAAGACUGAAAGGGAGGAGCCAGUACACCUGUGCAAGACUGAAGGGGAGGAGUCGGUACACCUGUGCAAGACUAAAAGGGAGGAGAUGGUACACCUGUGCAAUAUCAGGGGUGUAGCUACAGCGGUUGCAGG